AUGUGGACAGUUAGGCAUUGGAACCAUUUUGCAACUGAGUUGCAAAAUCUGUAUGAGUUUCAAUACACACGAAAACAGGUGAGACAAACAUAUCAGCGACUGAAAGCUGAUUACCAAACCUUCAAGCGAUUGCAGACACAGGCCAGUCUAGGAUGGGAUCUCAUUGUAGAAACGGUUGUUGCACCCGAUGAAUUUUGGGAUAAGGAAAUGGCCGAAAUUAUUGAAAACUGUUGUGCCACAGGGGCCUUAGCUCAUGCAUCCACACAAGGAGCUCCUGACUCUGAUGAAGAUGAUGAAAUGCUCAAUAAAUUUUGGUCACUUGGAGCUGGUGGGAGUAAUGCGGCUGAAUCUAUUGUUGUUAACAUAUUUGGUGAUAAGUACAUAGAACCAUCAAAGGGCAAAAGUCACAAGAGGGGCCCUACAAAUAGCCAAACUGAUAGUGGUCGUUCUAAAAGGUCACGAUCAAGUGGCUUUGAUGAUGUUUGCGUAGUUUUCACUACCUACGUACAGGCAAAAAUGGAACAUUCCCGUGCCCGAUCAAUAGACACAGAGGUUGUAAAUGCAGGUGGUGAUGAAUAUUCCCUUGAUGCAUGUCAAGUUGCCCUGUUAAAGCUUGGGGAUAUACCAUCAGUCCAGUACAUUAGGGCCCUAACACUAUUCAAAAACAAGGAAUGGCGGAGCCGAAACAAUAUGUCAUCCGACACAGAAAACAAUGCAAUGGAGAGGUCAUCAGAGGAGGAUGAGGUUAUUGAAGAUUUUAUGAAUUUUUUGAUGAUUGCUUUUAUGAAUGAGCAUAUGAAUGUGUCAACUAGCAGACGACCGCAGCGAACUUAUCCAUUCAAAGAGCAUUACCUACAUUAUUUACAUGUAGGCAAGUAUUAUUUAGUAGAUGCUGGCUUCACGAACAUGCUUGGAUUUCUUGUCCCGUUUUGUUCCCAAUGCUAUUGCUUGCAAGAGUUUCAUGGUCGUCAUUAUUCUGGACCCAAGGAAUUGUUUAACCAUCGACAUUCGUCGUUAUGCAAUAUCAUAGAAAGAACAUUUGGUGUUUUGAAGAAGCACUUUCCAAUAUUGCGGUUCAUGCCAAAUUACAAGUCUACAAGACAACAACCCCUUGUGAUUGCAUGUUGUAUAGUGCACAAUUGGAUCCAUUUGCAUGCAACUAUGGACUCCAUUCUUCAUGGAAGCUGA